UGCGCAUCUACAGCGCACGCACUCAAACCGUGAGCCGAACGCGCGCGCGACGGACGCACUCUUCUUACCAUCGUCCCACAAAUUAAACAAACUCGUUUUCUUUUAGGAACGUUGGCCUGAAAGUAUUGCCCAAUGGAUAAUACAUACGAAAACAUUGACGGCCAAGAAGAACUGGACUUUCCUUUCCUUUUCCUGUACAACCAACCUGGCAAUGAUGUUCCUCCAGACGACCAAGCUGAUGAGUUUGUUGCCUCCACCAAUCGAACCUCCCCCUGCACUCAUGAAGAUCUGUCUGCGUACGGCGAUGACCCCGUGUCACAUCUCUCUCAACAUCUCCCUUCCAAUGACCUUCUCACCUACCAGCAAUCUGAUCUCCGCCAGUCUCUCGAGCACGCCGCCCAUCCCGGAGCCCUUCAGGGUAACAGCCCUAGAAUUGAGAUCACCUGCUCUGACCUGCACCACCAUCGCGACCACGUCCACACCAACCCCGUGGACAUCAAUCGACCCAUGCUCACCGUACCCGGGUACGACAUGCCAUACAGGGAGACCCAGUGCCUCAGCCCGGCCAGCAGCACCUCGUCUACCAGCUGGCAUUCUGACGGCUGUUCCCCGGGAACAUAUUCCCCCUGCGUCUCACCGGGCACAGGAGGAGGUAUGGCUGCCGUGACGGAAGCUCUCCAGGCCAUCCAAGCUUCCGGUUCUCCCAACACGUCGCCUCGCACCAGCAUCACAGAAGAGACCUUUCUAGACCGCCGCUCAUCUUCUCCACGUUCUCGUUCGGCCUCUCCGCAGGGCAAACGCACCUACUAUCAGUACCAGACCCAGAGGUCUCCGAGUCCCUGCGGCGGCCGAGACGAACCCCCUGAGUUCUGUGGUCAUAUCCCAAACCUGGAUGAUUCUUUGAACGACCUUAGCAGCAGCCUGACCAAACCGAUCCCUACGAAGAUGGUCCGAUCCAGUCAAGAGUAUUCUGUCUACACGGAAAACCAAGCAGGCCUUUUCUCAUCCAUGCCUGACGUGAAGAAGGCCUUCACAGUGGAAUCUUGCUAUUUCAUGCCAGCCAACUGGUCCAGUCAGACACUCGCAGGGGUUUGCAGUAUGCCCGUGUCUGCCCUGCCUGCGCUGGAUUGGCCUCUACCCAGCAGGAUCGAUCAAUAUGAGCUCAGAAUCGAGGUUCAGCCCAGACAGCACCACCGGGCUCACUAUGAGACGGAGGGGAGUCGGGGUGCGGUCAAAGCAUCUUCCAGCAGCCAUCCGGUCGUUCAGUUACUAGGUUAUAGCGGUAGAGAGCCGCUGGUUCUUCAGGUCUUCAUCGGUACCUCUGACGAAAGAAAUCUCCGACCCCACGCCUUCUACCAGGUCCACCGCAUCACCGGCAAAACCGUGACCACCAGCAGUCAAGAACGCAUGCAGAACGGGACCAAGGUUCUAGAGAUGCCCCUGGAUCCCAAAGAGAACAUGCGUGCCAUAAUUGACUGUGCUGGUAUCCUAAAGCUGAGGAACGCCGACAUCGAGUUAAGGAAAGGAGAAACGGAUAUUGGACGUAAAAACACUCGCGUGAGGCUGGUCUUCCGUGUCCAUGUUCCCCAGCCUUCAGGACAGUGGCUCUCUCUCCAAGUGGCCUCACAUACCAUCGAAUGCUCUCAAAGGUCGGCCCAUGAGCAGCCCGGAGUAGAGCGUCAGGAUUUGGACCACUGCUCGGUUCUGGGUGGACUUCAGAUGAUUCUCAGUGGUCAGAACUUCACUUCUGAAUCCAGAGUCAUCUUCUUUGAGAAAACACGUGGUGCUGACUUGCAGAUUUGGGAGACUGAAGCCAAAGUUUAUAGAGACAAAAGCACAACUAACUUGCUUUUCUUGGAAGUCCCUCCAUAUCGGGAUCCCAACAUCUACCACCCAGCUAAAGUCAGCUUUCAUGUGCUGAACGGCAAGAAGAAAUGCAGUCAACCUCAACACUUCACAUACACACCACUGUCAGUGCCACAGAUUAAGGCAGAGCCUGUGGAGGAGUACCAGUAUGCCCAGUUCGCCUGUACUAUGCGUCCUGUUAUGGGUGUUUCUCCACCCUCUUGUCGUUUGGCCGAUGGCUGUAUGUUGUCAAGCGGGCCGUCCUAUCAGCGGCCUCACUCGGGUGUGUACCCUUCCACCCAUUAUCAACACCCACCUGCACAAUACCAGCUGGAGCGUCCGGUGCCAGUGAGUCACAGCAGCUCCCCAGGUCACGCUUCCUGUAUGUCGACCACACGUGGCUCAACCUCGCUGUCUCAGUAUGGCCCUAACAUCUACCAGAACACCGCAGUGAGUGACGCCAUCCAAGCGGCCGCCUCGAUGUUUCCGACCCUUGAUGUGUCAGAGCUCUGCUCGACUGUAGGCCAUCAGAAGGCGUACGUCUCACGGGCGUCCCCGACCACAGGGAGAUCUCCACCGGUUCACAGUCAUCAACAGACCUAUCUGCCCAUUCAACAUCAGAGAACCUGCAGUCCUGUGAGGCUCACCGUAAAGCAGGAAAACCUGGAUCAGGCCUACCUUGAUGAUGUGAAUGCUGUUAUAAGAAAGGACCUUGUUCAUAAAAAUGAUUUCUGAUGCCAUGGACGGGAACGUGAUCUUAUCUGUGCUGUCUGCCUUGGCUUUCAUAUCUGUUUCAAAUGCUGUUUAUCAUAUCUGUAAAGUUACUAUGUGUAAAAAUGAAGGAAUUUUCAUUAUGCAAUUAACUUUAGAGGUAACUUUAUUUGUUUUUAUUAUUAACAUAUUGCUUUUCUAUCAAUCAAAUAGAUCUAUUUAUCAAUGUGCAUUUAAAUUGUAAAAUGUGCAAUAAAAGCAUUUUAAUGUAA